CAAGUAACGCUUUUUUGAGUUUUAUUUUGGGAAUAAAUUAAUAUCAAAAUUUUUGAUAUAAUUUAGUUAAUAAUUUUAAUUUGCUUGUAAAGUUUCAUUAUUCAACAUUUACAAUUUAUCAUACGUUUUACGUCUUAAAUUAUUUUUUGUUAUUACGUACUAGGUAUAUAGAUUAAAUUCCAAAAUUAAUUAUUGAUAUGAAAAACAGUUGACUGUUAAUUCAUAAUUGGUAUUGCAUAAUAUUUAGUAAAUAGAAUAUUGUUGUGCAAUUUAUACCGCAUAUUCAUACUAUUUUAAUACAAAUGUGUCGAAAAAAUUUUAAAUGCAUAAAUAACAAAUUUAAAGUACUUCAAUAAUGACUGAAGUAAACAACUCUGAAGCUUCAUCAAUAUACAGAGGUUGUUCUUUUUGGAGUUGGUUUCCUUGGAGCUCAAUGUCGUGGAAAUGUCUACAAGAAGCUGAACGGAAAUUAUUUGCAUAUGUCCAAUCUCCAUAUCGUACUCGAUAUGUUAACCUAGGUCCAGUUGUUGAACAAGAAGAUAAAAUAUGGACACUAGAAGUUAACACUGAAAAACGAGAAACUCCUGUAGUUUUGUUACAUGGUUUUGGUGCUGGUAUAGGGCUUUGGUGUAUGAAUGUUGACAAAAUAUCGAAUAAUUGUAGACCUGUAUAUGCCAUGGAUCUAUUAGGCUUUGGUCGCAGUUCUAGGCCAAGAUUUAGUACAGACCCUGAAAAAGUGGAAUACCAAUUUGUAAAUGCUAUUGAAAAAUGGAGAUCAGAAAUUAAACUUGAAAAAUUUAUUCUACUUGGCCAUAGUUUUGGAGGAUAUUUAGCUACUGCUUAUUCUAUACAACAUCCUGAAAGAGUUCACCAUUUAAUACUUGCUGAUCCUUGGGGAUUUCCUGAAGAAGACAAAAAUAUUAAGAAAAAAAUUCCUUGGUGGGCCAAAGGAAUAUUUUAUGCUCUUAAAUCGUUUAAUCCACUGUGGCCAGUAAGAUUUGCUGGUCCUUAUGGUAAAUUUGAUUAGUAUUUAUU